CUCCUUCUACUAAGUAACUUUUCCUCGCGUCCUUUUCUCCUUCUCUCCCUUCUCCUCCUUUUUUCUUCUAUUGUCGCCCCGUGUCCAGUCUGGUUGCUGCCCACUGUCUUUAUUGUUGUUAUUGUUGUCAUUUCAUUCUCCGAUUGUUUAUCACUGCUGACGGGCCCAUACAUACAUACAUACAUACAUACAUACAUACAUACAUUCUUUUCUUAUCAGCCAGCAAUCUCAAAUUCCCCCGACUGCGGCGGCCGUCAAGCUGUUUUCUUCCCCCACAAGCGGAGCUCAUUACUCAAUUCCACGGGAAUGAAUGUCAUGAUUGUGUCCCUGAUCUGUCAAUAAAAUCCCGGACCCUUAUCAGCUUCGCCCUCCACUUCCAUCUCCCGCACGCUGGCCCGUCAUGGGGGAUUUCCCGGGAACGGGCGAGACGGAAACUGCGCCGGAAACGUCCCGAACAGUGAAGCUGCUGUCGUCGCCUGACCAGCUCAACCAUGCUGCGCCUGCAUCGCCCAUCGGCCAGACUCCCACCCAACUCAAACGAUCCUCGCUUCCAGCUCGUCCCCAUGGUGCUGCCCGACACGCCAAACGACUUACCCUCAACUUUCCCAUCAACAUCCCCUCCGGACCCGAAGCUUUCGAUCCUAGUCUUGCCUCUCCCGGAUCCAUGACGCCCGUGACUCGGACCUCCGCCCAGCCUUCGCCGAUCCCCCAUCUCGGCACCCCGCUGACUUUCGAGGAGAAAGAUGACGGCUCAGGCCUGCUGACUGCGAUCGCCUCCCAAGAGCGAAAGGUGCUGGAGCUUCGGGAAGAACUGCACCGGGCCGAGACGGAGCUGGACUCUUUGAAAAAGCAAUGGGCGUCAACCGAGAAGACAAAGAAACGGACGGAAAUCAGCCAUCGCGCCGAACCGUUGGUCUCUCUGCGAUCGCCUGAUGAACCAGUUUUCCCCCAUCGCAGGGACCAUAGCGUCAGCAGCGCCGGCAGUUCGUCAGUGGCCCAGGUUCGAAUCAGCCGGGAGAUGGAGCGGCGGCAGAGCCUCCGCGCAGCCGCGACCAAGUGCAUCAACGUUUCUGCUAAUGGUCGACGGGUCUUCCGAGGCUCACACACUCGAGCCUUGUCGUUACUUUCUCCCACCACGGGGACUGGGGAUAGCAAAACGGGAUCGGAGUCCGAGGCCGGCAACCAGCGGAUCGGUCGGUCUCCGCGGUCGGCAACCUUGCCCUCCUCCGUCGAACGCAAUGCAAUCACCAGUGGUGCAAGCUCCAACCCGGCGGAUGACAUGAUCGCGCAGUGGCGGAACACCAUGCCACCGCCGUCGCGAGAUGCGAUCGUGCGGACGGGCAAACAGAUGGCGUCGGAUUUGCGAGAAGGACUCUGGACGUUCUUGGAGGACAUUCGACAGGCUACGGUGGGAGAAGAGGGUAUCAGUGCGACCGAAUCAAGGGGUGUGCCACCGGUGCGCCAGCGGGUCUCAUCCAGCUCGACGUCGCGCAGCCGGGAUCGGUUGUCUAUCUACGGAGGAACUACGCUGUCGCGGUCGUCCUCGGGGAGCAAGGGGUCUGGGGGCAAACAUUCUGGUAAAGACUCUAAAUCGGCGGAUAUAGACUCGUCGUUCUGGAGUGAAUUCGGCAUUGAUCCACCUGGGCAGAAGUCCCCUCGCGCUCACGGAGCCACCAAUACCCUAAGCGGGCCGAACGAACCCAGACAGGGCGACAGCAGCAACCCCCCCGAUGUUGAAGACAACUGGGAGUGGGAGUCUCCGAAGACGAAGAAGACGCACACGCCGUCGUCCAGUCGCAGUACGUUGGAGACGAAGCAUGAUCAGUCGCCCAUGACGCAGAACAGCAGUCCUCGCACAAGUGCUAGUUUUGGCGACUGGCGCCCGCUGCAUGAUGCCAGCAUCCCGGAUCCCAGCGUCUCCGAUGGGAUCCCCUGGCCGGCGAUGACUAAAAUGGCGCCUUCGAAGCUGACUCGCACGGCGUCGAACCUGAUGGCUGAAUGGGAGCGCAGUUUGAGUCCCUCCCCUGAGCGGAAAGAAUUUUUUCCCGACAAGGACGACAAGCGGGAUUGAUCUCGGGGGUGUACUUUUCGAACACAUUGUAAAUACAGCACAUAGCAUUUGCGAGAUCGAUUUCUGAUCGAGCGGCAGACGAUGGUUUUGGUUUCUUCAUCGAGCAUGAGGCCAGUACGGAUUAACGCAGGGUUAUGAUUGUGGAUCACAAUACCCUUUACGAUGAGCGUUUGUUACAUUCUUUCCGUCGUUGACUUUACUUUUUCGAGAUGUCUUUGAUUCUUCUGGCAUUGAACAUGAGCCUAUUAGAUAUAGCUGGUAUGAUUGAUCCUGAACAAAUAUACUUUUUUUCAUGAUG